AUGGAAAGAGGUUUAACGUCCCGGAGAAAACACGGGCAGCGCCCGUGUUUCAGAAGCCUCCCGAAGGGCAUGGAGACGUGCUACGCUGGAGAGAUUUCUAUGUACACAGAGAGAGAAAACAGAAUCCAGGUGGCAACUCUUGAGAAGACUCAGCUCAUUGCAAAGGAUUUUUCUGAGCUGCGCAUCCACUUCUGGCCCGACGAGAGAGCACUGAAGAAGGUUGUGACAGGAAAAGAGCAGAGAAUGACAGAGAGAGCAAAGAAAAGAAGGAAGAAGAAGCAUUUGAGCCGAUAG